GGGAGGGGAGCAGCGGACACGCGCAGCGCAGCGGAUACGGUGCAGCGGAUACAGCAGAAGAUCAUUUACAAAAGAAACAUAACGGACCAGUUUGGACUGUUUUUGGGCCAGUUUGAUUUGUUGAUCAAGAAAGAGACAGAGAUCAUGGGAAACCGGGCGGCUCGAGAGGACUAUGAGUGGGUGUACACGGAGCAGCCGCACGCAGACCGGAGGAAGGAGAUCCUGGCUAAAUAUCCAGAGAUCAAGUCGCUGAUGGGUCCUGACCAGCGGCUGAAAUGGAUUGUUUGCAUGAUGGUGGUGAUACAGUUUUUAGCUUUCUACCUGGUCAAAGACUUGGACUGGAAAUGGGUUUUGUUUUGGACGUAUGCAUUUGGCAGCUGUAUCAACCACUCAAUGACGCUCGCUAUUCACGAGAUCUCGCACAACACGGCCUUUGGGAACAACAAGGCCAUGUGGAACCGCUACUUUGCCAUGUUUGCCAACCUGCCCAUCGGCCUGCCCUACUCCGCCUCCUUCAAGCGCUACCACCUGGACCACCACCGCUACCUGGGUGGAGACGGCAUCGACGUGGACAUCCCCACCCAGUUUGAAGGCUGGUUCUUCUGCACGCGCUUCCGCAAGUUUGUGUGGAUUAUCCUGCAGCCGCUGUUCUACGCCGUCAGGCCGCUGUGCAUCAACCCCAAGCCCAUCAGCCAGCUGGAGCUGACCAACGGGGCCUUCCAGCUGGCCUUCGACGUGCUGCUGUACUGGCUGUGGGGGGCCAAGCCCGUGGUGUACAUGCUGGCCGGCUCCCUGCUGGGGAUGGGCCUGCACCCCAUCUCCGGUCACUUCAUAGCCGAGCACUACAUGUUCCUGAAGGGCCACGAGACCUACUCCUACUACGGCUCCCUCAACCUGCUCACCUUCAACGUGGGCUACCACAACGAGCACCACGACUUCCCCAGCAUCCCGGGACGGAGGCUGCCCAUGGUGAAGAAAAUCGCAUCAGAGUAUUACGACGACUUGCCGCAGUACACGUCCUGGGUGAAGGUGCUAUACGACUUCAUCAUGGAUGACAAGCUCAGCCCGUACUCCCGCAUCAAGAGGAGGCUGAAGGGCGACGUCAAAGAAGAGUAGCCUCGCUGAAACCAGCAGCCCUGCAGCCUGCAGCAGCAGCAGCCCUGCAGCCCUGCAGCAGCAGCAGCAGCCCUGCAGCCCUGCAGCAGCAGCCCUGCAGCCCUGCAGCAGCAGCAGCAGCCCAGCAGCCCUGCAGCAGCACAGCUGCUCCAAUUUCUAGUACUUUCUGCUUUCUGCACAUUAACAUGCUCAGCUUGUGAACUCGGGUUGGAGGUUUUUGCACAAAUAUCCAGGUCAGACAGACGCAGGCAGGUGCUGUUGGAUUAAGAAUAACCAAACAGGAGUUUUUGUUACCGAGAUUAUUGAUCAGACUGAUUUAAAAAAAAAAAAAAAAAAAAGUAUCGCUUUGACCAAACACAUUCUAAUAGUUUUAAUUAAUUUGAUUUUUAAAAGUCUGAUUAGAGCUUAAGCACAGUGUGGUGUCAAGAAACUGCCAUUGAAACGUGAUGAAAAGUUACUGAUUUGAUGGGACUUGGAUAUAUGUGUGUGGACGCUGCUGCAGCCUCAGAAGACCAGCAUGUAUGAAAUCAGUUGGAUGCAACAUUUCAACGCCCCAAAACCGAAAGGAUGUGGGACAUUUCCAUUUUAAAUGCAAUGUCUUUUUAUUUUUCCCCCCAGUGCCUUCCUCUCCCCAUCAUCAUACUGGAUUGUAGAUGCAAUGCAGAUGUCAGAUUUGUUAAACCGCAAGAGUGCCUGGUGAAUUUAACUGAUUUAUGUUGGGGAGAAAAGCGACCAAAAAAAACGGAGCGUCAUGAUGUGAUGACCCCAAAUACCCAGAUGUGUGUGAAUCCACUCGCUUAAUUCCACAAAAAUGUGGAAUUGUGACUUCACAGAUCCAGAUCAGAGGGCAAAUGUUUUAUCUUAACUUUAUGUCUACCUGAUUUCACAUUUUAGCGCAUUUUCUGUACCUUGGUAAUAUGAAAGAUUUAACACUGAAUAAAAAAAUUUUUUAAAAAUGAA